CCUUUUCUCCCCGUGUCUCUGCUCAUGUUCAUUCACAGCUCAGUCGAUGAGGACGUCUCUUUGUCUCCAGACCAGGAUCAUGUCCUCGUCCUCUCUCCUGUGCGUCCGUGUGAGCGCCGCCUCCCUGAUCCUCCUGCUGACCGCCGUGUCUGAUGCUCAGUAUUACGACUUCACGCCGCCUCCAGACUACGACUCGGACUACAACGCCACCUUCGACUACAGCUUUUUCAGUAACGCCAGCAGCGAGGACCUGGACCAGUUCAGUAAACCGUUCAUUGACCCGGAGGAGGAGGAAGAGGAAGUGACUGUUACUAUCCAAAGAGCCACAGAGCAGGACACGACCGAUGUUCACGGCAACGCCGCACCACUUCCUGUUUCUCUGGAAAUCAGGACGCUGGUCUGGACUCUGGGGAUCCUGGUCAGCCUGCUGCAACACACACUAUGAGGCCGACACACUCAGCAGCUGUUCCUGGAUCAGUUCGAUCCUGCAGAAACCAGCGUGGGUCGCCUGGUCUGAGGUGGGCGGGGUCGCCGUCACCUCUGUGACCUUUGACCUCUGCAGUGUGAGACGCCUCCAGAAAAUGGCAGCGGAGCCACGGCUUCCCUCGGCGUGGGGUCACAGGUGGACCUCAGCCAAUCACAACGCUCACUGAACUUUAUCACACCGGGAAUUUCUGUUCACUUUUUCACCUUUUUUUUAUUUGAAUGUGUGCGAGACCAGCGGGCGCAGCGUCGUCUCUUCAGUAUAAACUGUGGUGGGUAAUCUGUGCACGUACGGAAGCUCAUUAAUGACAAAACUGCUGAGUGAGAGCGAAGGAAAACAAAUCUGAACAAGUGGAGAAAGAAACAAAAUGUGAGGGUUAAACUUUCUUCUGGGAACUGACCUGAAAUCUGUUUUUCUCUUUAAUGCUUUUGUGGGUCUGUUUCCUCUCGGCUUUCGAGUUUUCUGACCUGCAGGUUCAGGUUUGGUUUCAGGAAAGAUGGUUAAAGGAAGCCAAAGUCGACUGUUGGCAGGAGUUGCGAUGCGAAUGCUGGAUACUUUGUUGAUCCAUCCCUCAAAAAAAACCACGACGACGUCUGAACGUGUGACGGGAAACAAAACAUAACGACGUGUUUUUGCUUUUCUCUGUUACCGUAAAACUCCGAUUAAUAGCCGAGCUUUUAUUUGCUAAAGUCACUGAAUUGACCCGGCCAAUAUUUAAAACUGAAACAGGAUGCUAUGAAACAGUUUAUUUAUAAUUAACAGAAUAUUACUUUUAUAAAAAUGAUCCAAUAAUAUCGAAAACACGUCAUUCAUUUGAUCCAGCUGCGACAGACGGCGUCUUAUGCGCUUUUAUUUUGAAGUCAACAUCACGACAACAACAGGCUGCAGGAGGAGAGAAGUUAGCAGACAGAGAGCGACGGACUUCACGUGACAGGAUUCACCACUUGGAUUCAUUUUUAUAAAAUGCUGUUCUGGUUCUUUUGAUGGGUGGAGCCUCACAGACUGAACGGACACAUUAACGAGGCUUCAAAGGUAACACGAGUCGGCACUUUUCAUCCCUUGUACCAUCAGGUUACACCUGUAAAUCUGUAAGAAUCAGACUUUGGGGCUCGUUGUUUCCGUUAAAUGAAUCGUGGAGAAUCUAACCGAUCUAACGAUGUGCAGCGUGUCCACACUGACACAUUGAUCACACGUUUAAACAUUAAAUAUGUGGAUUAACAGUUUGAGCAGCUCAGAAGCAGCUAAAGCGGCGACCCCGCAGGGUUUAAAAGGUUUUAAACAUCCAGAGAACUUCUAUAAAAACCAGACCAGGCUUUUAAUGGAGACCUGCGUUUAUUUGUCCAAAUGUGUUCCCACAGCAGGCGGCUGUUUGGGACUCGGCUAUUAAUUGAAGUUUUACGGUACUCAGAUCCUCUACUGCAGUAAAAGUACUAAUACCACUAUGUAAAAUACUCUGUUACAAGUAAAAGUCUGCGUAUAAUCAGGCCUCAAAGUAUCAAAGCAGGCAGAUGUUGUCUAUCAUACCUGCUCAUCAACGUGCAGCAGGAUGUUGAGCUGUUCAGUUUCAGACUGCAGCUGAUGAUUCUUUUCGUUCUGGAUCAAUCUGCUGAUUUGGUUUGUAAAGAUUCUGCCGUCACAGUUUCCCAAAGCCCAAAGAUGUUUUACAGGAAAAUAAAUGAAUCCAUAAAACUUCAUAUUUUAUAAAACCGUGUUCUUUCUGCGCUCGUCAGCUCGUCUGAGUCUCCGCCUGCUUCAGUUUUGUCAUUAAUUAACUCCCAUAAAUCCACCUGAACUGAUGGUUUAUGUUGAACUUUGUUUCUGACUGACUGAGACGUGGCUGUGUUUCCUGAACAGCGGCGCCCCCCGGUGUCGCAGCCCCCAUCAGCUCACUCAGAUUAAACAUCUCAAAGAGAAAGAAGUCACUGUAGCAGCUGUGGAAAUGUUAACGUACUCCUCCACGUUUCAUCUCUGGAAACAUCAUAACAGCACUUCUCAGUUUGUUGUACGUCGUGUUUCUUCUGUCAUAGAUUAAUGAAGUGAAAUCUAACGAUAAGACUUAAAUUAAACUCUGCUUCACUUCUCAUGCCGCUGUUUGAUUAUCCACUGUAACUUUUUAAUUCAAUCAUCUCUCUUCAAAUUAAAAGUCUUCGGACAUAUUGCUGAUGUUUUCUGCAGAGAACUUUUUUAACGUUUUAAAAUAUUACAGAAAUUCAGUUUAUCAAAGCACAUAUUAAAAAAACAAGAACAUUAGAGGA